GCCGUUUCUUACCUCUCAGACCGGGAUAACUAAACCUGCAGCGUCACUCUUUGUUUCCUGUUGAUCUGAUAAUGAGCUGAACUUGAGUGUUGCACGCGCCACUGUUUUGACGUCGGGGUGGGAAUGGAGAAGAGAAAAAAGUGUAUAAAGCGGAGCAUCUGCUGCUGCUUAUGUCAGCUUCAUCUGUUGCUGCAUGGCGCCUUCAGUGUAAAGACUGUUUGUGGAGAGAGCUGCGUUUUUAAAAAGCAGUGCAACAGUUAAGAAGCUUCAGGCACACACACGCACGCACACUGUAAGACGACAUGGAAACUCCUGACCAAAUCCUGGGCUGGCUACUGUUUACCCCCUCUCUGUGCAGACUUUCAUGCUAUUUGUGGAAGUUCUGCAAAGCCAGAAUGCUUUCUAUUCACCUCAGGAAUUGGCUUAGCCCCCCUGCACCCUUCCCCUGUCCACCACCUCUGCGCUUUGGUCUGCUGCAGGUGCUGCAGGAGGAAAAAUCACUGCUGCAGAAGUCCUUUCAGAAGACGUAUUGCUUUCGUUUGCUACAGCAGUGCAAAGAAUCUGUGUUGUUUUUAGAGUACAGAGUGACUCCAAGCUAUAGAUAAAUAACUUUGACUGACUGCUCAGACCAAAUGAAUUGUGAAAAUGAAAGCUGCAGUAGCUCGCUUGUGCAGUCAGUAGGAUAUAAAGGCUUGCUUAUUCAGGUAGGUAAUUGCAUUCCUUUGCAGUCUGGUUCUAAAUAGGUACCUUUUACAGCUAACAGGAAGCCUGAAAGCCUCAGAGAGGGAGUGGAAAAAAGACUCUUAUAUGGGAAUAUGAACUUUAUAAUCAACUUAUUUGUGAUUAUAAAGCAAUACUUACAAUGUGUGAGCUGAUGGCUUUUUGGUUACCCAUGUACAAGCAGCUGUAAUGUCAGGAACAGGGAUUUUUUUAAAAAGUGGUAACUGCUGUAUAUGUUUUGUGCAGUAUCUACUGUUUGCCAGCUUUAAUUAAUUUUUUUUCAGCCGUAUGACCAUCCCCAAGCCUCUGAUUUAGCAUAGCCACAUGACCGCUGGGCUGAAUGGUAAUCUUGUGACCGAAGGUAUUUCACCCCCACAAAAAAGCAGGGGAGGGACGAGACACACAGAAUGGACAGUAAAGAAGGAGACAAUUUUCUUCUGACUGAGCACCCUAUGACAUAAAUCAGUGUUAGUGCUAAAAGACCCUCACAGUCUGUUGUUACCUGCUUUGAGUGGCUAAAAUCACACAUGUUGCUGUAUUAGACCCACCUCUGAGGAAAUUACGCUUCUUUAUUACCAUAAAAUGUGCUUUUAGAUUAAAAUGUUUGCUCAGUGUUUUUCCACCCAAGUGCAUGAUUUUUUUUUCUUCCCUGGAAAAACUGUUUUUGCCAGUCAGCUUUUCCUCAUUGUCAAAAUGUGGAACCAGAUGGACAUAUUGUAAGUGAAACUGGCCUUAUCCUGGCCAACUUCCUCCUGUAGUGCAGGAGUGUGGUGUAAUGAGAUUUCAUCUGCAAGAAGGGAGCUUGUAUUGCCUAAUAGCCUGAGAUAUUCUUUCUGGAUUGUUUCAAAGUUAUACAAGAUCCUGUUGUGAACCCUCUGUGGCACUGAUUUCUUCUUGGUCUGGGUCUCUAAAUAAUGAGGAGGUACAUCCUGUUUAAAGAGCUUGGAGAAGUUCGUUUCAGUGCCACAGAGGGUCAAAAGUCAGGUUUCCUGUUCCUGCACUGAGCUGGGCCUAACUACAGCUCUCAGGGAGGAGAACAAGUCUCCAUGUUUGCAUGUAUAACCGGAUUUCUUGUGUCCCCUCACCCUGCUGCCUUGCUCCGCUGCAGAGAUGUACUCUAGUGUUCUGAGUGGAUCAGUGGUGGACUGGGGCAGCAUGGGCCCCGGAGAGGAAUGGGUUGAUUCAGCCAUACACGAGGGAGAGCAGGGUUUGAAUCAGGGUAAGUUUUACCCCUCUGAUGAGGAGUCCCUUAGGAGAAGCUCAUAUGGGGAAGGUUUGGCCUCCAUCGUCCAAAAUGGGGAAAACCUGACAGAAUGGGGUAAAACCUCACCCUCAGGGGACAGCCGGUGGGGUCACACAUCAGUGUCUGACACCUGGGCCACGUCCACCGCUUGGAAUAUGCAGCUGGACAGCACAGAGAGAGGACACCUCACCGCAGGUUUUCUGGACUCGGAGCCACUGAGAGAGGCUGAUGAAGACUUGGUGUCAGAGGUCAACCUGAGCGCCUCCAUGACAGAGGAAGAGAGGGAGGAGAUUCAGCAAGAGUUAGCUAAACUGGAAGAGGAGAUCGGCACACUGAGGCAGGUUUUGUCUUCCAAAGAGAAGCAGCAUGCAGAGCUCAAACAGAAACUGGGCAUCACUCCUCUGAGCGAGCUCAAAACCAACUUCAGCAGAGGCUGGCACGACAUGCAGAGCUCAGUAGCCUACAAGAAGACAUCAGAGACGCUUUCCACAGCGGGACAGAGAACCUCGGCAGCCUUCAGCACGCUCGGCAGCACCAUCACCAGGAAGAUUGGAGAUAUGAGCAUGUUUGGUCUAGAGUUACUGUUCCCACGGAGAUCCAACUCCAUAGGUUACUCUAUCAGACACUCUAUGAGCAUGCCCGCCAUGAGAAACUCUCCCAGCUUCAGGUCUUUUGAAGAGAAAGUUGAGAAUACAGUUUCCACUAUCAAGACAAAGGUUGGCAGCACUGGGAGUGGGGGCAGCUUUGAGGACGUCCUGUCAUCUGCAGCGCACGCCAGCUCACAGGACACGCCCACCAACAACUUGAUGGACAGCUCCGGGAGGCAGUGUUAAGGCUCCACCCUCACCACGAGCCAGGGCUUGAACGGGAACUCGGCUGCAGAUGUGUCGCAGCACUUUGACUCAAAGCUCUGACUGAAACAGUGCACAACACGUUUUGAUCCUUAGUGUCAAGGCGCUUUUGCAGAAUACGGAUGGUCUUACAACCUAAAUAAUUACAUUUACCCAAAAUGACCCCUAAGGCAGCAGUCAUCUGCUUUUAUUUUAAAAGAUCAACUCUAAACCUCACAUGAUACGGGGACUAAUGAGAGCAAGGAGCCUAUAAUGUUUUCCUUCUAUUUAUAGUGUUGAAGGGUUUUUAGUGGAUUUGAUGAAUGCCAUCUGUCCUCCAGAGGUUUCCUAACCACGUUACACCACAGAUGUUGAUGAGAUGGGGUUGGGGAGGAGCAGCUAGCAGUUAGGCCUUAAAUGACCUGAAACACGACAUGAAACGAGUCUGAGCAGAUUACACAUCAGCUCCAGGAGACAGACUGAACCUCAACCCCGCAUAUCGAGCUGGUUCUUUCUUCUUCUUUUUUUGUCACAUUUGUGCUCAUGUAGUUCACUCGGCUGUCAGAUCACAGCUGGGUUUCCCCAGACACAAAACAAGAGGCGGAUUCCUCCGUGUGAUAUGUAAAUUUAAGACAAGUGGAAAAAGUGUCAGUAGAUGUUCAACACAGCAUCAGUUUUAUAACAGCUACCUUUCUUUAUCAGAACAGCUUAAAACUGCGGUUUCACAUCUUUACUAGAAAUAUGUUUGUGAUUAAAAAAACAAAGUCGUUUUAUAACUUAAUGCUGUAAAAA